UCAUCAAUUUAUUCAACAAUUACCUCAAGGUUAUGAAACAAAAGUUGGAGUGAAAGGUAGUUUUUUAUCGGGUGGUGAAAAACAACGUAUUGCUAUUGCUCGAGUUCUUAUUCGUCGACCUAAAAUAUUAUUGUUAGAUGAAGCUACAAGUGCUAUGGAUCCAUACAAUGAACAAAUAAUACAAGAAACUCUUGAUCAAGCUCAAAUAGAAGAUCCUAAUCGAACAUCAAUUAUUAUUGCACAUCGUCUUUCAACAAUACGUUCAUGUGAUUUAAUAUAUGUAAUUGAAAUGGGUCGUAUAGCUGAAAGUGGUACUCAUACAGAAUUAAUACAAAAACGUGGAAUUUAUUAUAAAAUGUUAAAUACUCAAAAUAAAGUACAAUAA